AUGGAUCCUCUCCUUUUCACCGCACCCGCCCGCAUUCGCAUACUUCUCGUUCCCGUUCAUCCAAUUAAAGCCACAACUUUCCGUCAAAAAGUUGAAUUGGUCAAGAAAUUCACCGUCGUCAAACUUGGAGAUGUUACCCCGGAUAUGCGUGGUGUUCAUUCCAUGUUCAGCUCACAGCUCUUUCAUGAAGGUCAGCUGCUCUUUAACUUUGUAACUUCUUAUGAAUCGGAGCACUCUUAUCUCGAGGAGUUUCAAAUGCAUCGUAGGAUAUUUGGGGUUAUUGGAAUCAUGGAUUGUGGAGAGUGGACGAACUUGACCGAUGGCUAUAAAAAAUUUACGGACAUAUUAAAAAACUACCCAACAGCCGUUUCCAACCGUUGCUUCGCGUUCGAUCCAUCAGAAAAUCAACCCGAUGACACAAAAGGCUUGAUAAUGAUUCCAAACGUUGGAAAUAUGGAAUUCUAUAUUAGCACCAUGAUUUCGGAUUAUGCCAAUAACAUCCUCACGGAGUUUGGAAAUCUGGCAGCGAAAAUCGAAAAGAAGUCAAUAAUAUAUUCACCAAAGAUUCCAACAUCAACUUCAUCUGCUUUUAACGGAAUAAUGCAAAAUGGCACACCAGUACUUCCCUCACUUACACCUCCAUCUCAAGCCAUGACCACUGUCGGAAUGGGUGGAACAACUGCUGGUGCUAAUCCGAAAGAUAGUCCCUUUCAUGGUCGACAGUUUUCUUCGUCUACAAUAGUGAAUAUCGCAACUCAAGCUGCUAAUGUUCCUAGCACUGUAUCGGACAUCAAGGUAAAGAAGCGAGCUCUCGGAAGAAGUCAAAAGUUAAUUGCUGAUUUGUACUUGAUGGCUGGAAGGUUACCUGAUGCCGUAUCACAUUAUUCAAUGGCGAUUGAAACAACAAGGGCCAAUGGAGAUUACUUGUGGCACGGCUCCGCUUUGGAGGGUUUGUGUGUGGGAUUGAUUCUUUCUGCAUAUCUGCAUACCGAUGUCGAAUCGCAUAUUCUUAUUCAAUCUCCUCCGUCACCGAAUCCAAAUUCACCACCUGCUCCCGCACCUGAGUCCCCUAAAGCUCUUUGGGCUGACAUAACUGAUAAAUAUGUUACCGUAGUCACACUUUACGCGAAAACCACGAGUUCAUCUAGUAACCAAGUACCCCCAUUAAUUUAUACAGAGGCGUGUUUAAAGAUCGCAAAGAUGUUGGCUAGUAUUUGGGUUUGCGGAGGAUGGGGUGAUGAUGCACUGAAAUUGAUUGUUCAUGGUGGACUUCCGGAAAAGGGUGCAUAUGAAAAGUGGGGGUUGAGUCCUGUAAGUAAUGUAUCUAAAGUUGAGGUCACCCAAUGGGCAAUGAAAGGUUACGGUCCAUAUGUUGAGGAUAUGUCAAUCACAGAACAGAUUCAUAUCACCACCACGAUCUCGACUAUUUUUUCAAUAAUCAACUUUCGCAGGAAACAUGCAUUUUUCUUGCGGCAGACAGCAUUAUUGAUAACGCCACUACUUGCCCGACCUCGGUCUGGUUCACAGGCACCGAACAAACCGCUACCUGGAAGUGAUGGAGGCCUAUUAGAAUGCUUGAAGAAGGUGACUGAAGUUUAUGGCGUUGGAGAUGUCGUAGAUAGUGAGGAUUUUUCAGUGGUGACUGAAGAUGCGAGACCUCUCGCUUUUGGGUGGCCAGAUCUUCAAAUGGACGUCCUAAAGGAUGCCAUAAUGGUGACUGAAGCAUUACCUGAUUACCAUUCCAUAGUCAAGUAUACAACAAGACUUUUGCGAAAAUUAUUUUUGUAUUUGCCGAGGGAAGAACAGCUCCGUCUGUCAAGCUCUUUGCCAAGGGUCGUUAAUGCAGGUAAAAAACAAGGAUUGGAUAUGGAGUUCAAGUAUUGGGGAUUGAAUAUUGUCCGAGGUAUUCAAGUAUGUCGGCCUACCUCUCGAAGAAUUCCUUAUCCUCACCCCGGAAAAGGCAUAGAAAAUGAUACUGAGAAACCGGCUGACCCUUUCCUUUACAAAAGUUUCAAUGUAGCCAAAGCUGAAACAAUACAGACAUUCUUGGUUGCAAAUGAAGCGGCAUAUUUCUUGGUCACCUUAGCAAAUCCGUUUUCAUUCGAUUUGGACAUUCAGAGUAUUUCCGUGAGUACGGAAGGAGUGGGGUUUGUCCCUAAUCCUAUGGUAACUGUUAUAACCGCUAACACGUCGGUGACACUACGUAUAUCCGGUACUCCAACAGAACCUGGCCAAUUAAUUGUUAGAGGUUGUAAGAUAAAAGUUCACGGAUGUUUGGAACAGGAAUUUUGCGUAUACUUACCUCCCAAUGAGGAAGAAAUAAAAAAGAAGGAAAGGGAAGAAGAGUAUAGCAAAAGGAUUAAAAAAUGUGGAUUGGCAGUAUUAAAUCGGUCGAAUGAUCGUCGAGAUUUACAAUCGGCUGAUCAAACAAAGGCCGAACAAAAAGAAUAUGUUUCUGAAUUCCUAAAGGUAACAGUAAUUGUCGAUCAACCCUUGGUGAAAAUUAAAUCUACUUCGUUGAUGCAUGGAGCUGCCAUGUUGUUCGAAGGAGAAAGGACUGAGAUGACAAUGAAGCUUGAGAAUGUAGGAAAAACUCCGGUUGACUAUAUAAGUCUGUCGUUUCAAGAUUCAACAAUUGCUGCCGCCCAAGCCUUACUGAAAUCAUCGGAUAUUCCGGCUGAAGAAGCCUACGAGAUGGAAUUAUAUGCUCACAAGCAACCAGUGUUUUCCUGGGAACAGUCGGAAAUUCCUUUCAAUAUAUUACCGGCUGAAGAAUGCACUCUUACCAUUAUUUUAUAUGGAAAGCGUGGGUGCGUCAGUGGUACAAUACAAAUUGACUAUGGGUACCUAAAGCGUCCAGAUUAUAAUGACAAGGAUGUUUUCUAUACCAGACAAGUUUAUUAUCCUGUCCUUCUGACUGUUCAUCAGAACCUAGAUCCUGUUUCCAUGGAUAUUUUAAAUUUCACUCCGUUAAAUAUUCCCGAUAAUCCUAUACAUAUCAAUGGGACUAAUGAUACUAUUGAUGGUUUUUAUCACACUGAAUUAAUCGAAGAUUUGAUCAAGCUUGUGAGAUGGAAUAAGAAAACAAAGGGAGAUCAUAAGAGUAUAAUGGAAAACGAUUAUUGUCUAUUAACUUUUGAUAUAAGGAAUGUUUGGCAUAUUGGUUUUGAUGUAACUAUUGAGGCCAAUGAAGGAGAAGAAUUUGAUCCAAUAUGUAUUACCUCUACCAUUCAACCAUCUGCAACAUCACGAAUUCUACUUCCCAUCAGAAAAAUUUUCCUUUCCGAAAGGGAAUACACAGAACCAAUUCCUUCAUCAAAACAGUUUGUUGUUUCAAAAGAACCUAGGAGAUCUCUUGAACAAGAAAACACGCAAUUGGCACUAUUUUGGUACAGAGAAAAUCUAUUAAAAAAGGUCAAGGCAUAUUGGAAAUGCCCAUUAACUAACCAAAAAGGAACAGUUGACAUCAGAUCAUUAAGACUAAACAAGUCCAUGCUUAACGUGUUGAAGGUUAAUGAGAUUUCAUUUGGGGUUGAAAUUGAAGAGGCGCAAAAGGUGUCAAAGUUAUCAUGUAAUCAGUUCAGGUGUCCAGUGAAUAAAUUUGUGAAAGUGAAUUUUAUUAUUCACAACAAUCAAGAAAAAUCAAGUAAAUUAUGCAUAAGAAUUCAGCCAGUGCAAAGUUAUACUGAUGAAGUAAUGGAAUGGGAUUUAUCCAGGAGAAUGGUGUGGAAUGGAUUAUUGCAGUCUCCAUUACCAAAGAUUGAGGCAAAAUCUUCAAUAACAUACACAUUACCAAUGUGCUUCUUUUCAAGAGGGGAUUUCAAGUUUUUGUAUCACUGUGAAGAUGUUUUUACAAGAACAAUGUAUUUUGAUACACAACCAUUGUUAAUUGAGGUUGUUGAUGAUUAG